CUAAAUUAGCCAAAAUGUGUAGCGCGUAAAUAUUAGCCUAACUCCAAAACAGCCUAAAAAACCGGAAAUGAGGCCCAAAUUAGUCAAAACAGUGAAUGCGUAGUAGCUAAACCUAAAAAUAUCCUAAAAAACAAAACAAAAAAACUUUAAUUAGCCCAAACAGUUAGCAUGUAGCUAAAAUAUUAGCUAAACUCCAAAAUAGUCUAAAAAAAACCUUAGUAAGUGACAAAUUAGUAAUAUGUAAUUUUCCCUUUUUUUAUGGUUUGAUCCAAAAACGAAAAAAUGUUUAAUCCAAAAUGAUCUGAAAUUCAAAGAUCGUCUAUUUCUGAAGUUCUUACAUCAUUUCAGUCUUAAAAGAUGAAGAGAAAUGCAUCCCAAAACUCCCGGGACUCGUAUUUUGAUUUAACGGAGCCAAACUUUCCUCUCAAAGGUCUUUUAUAUAACCUAUUUUUCUCUCUUGUUUAGUCUUUGUCCCUUCUUCUCUUUGACUUUCUUGCCCUUUUAUGCAUGAAUCAUAGGUCAGUGUUAAGUGGCCGAACAAGCAAACAAAAACAAAUCCAUAGGAAAGUGCUCAGGUAAAAGGUGUCAACUGGAAAGUGACUGACAAAAAACGAGGAGAAGGCAUGAUGGGAAGUAACACAAAACCAAAAAUCAGGAUGCAAAGAAAGAGGAACAUACAACCAGAAAGAGGGGCUUUCUACACGUUUGAUGUCCUUAAUCACGGGAACUUCUCCAACGUGCGGGAGGCGGUUUGUAGAGAACAAAUGAUUGACAGCCCCCCAGUGACAUCAUUGAACGACAAAAGGAGUCGCUGGAGAGAAGGCACCAACCAAUUGGACCUUUACGCAGAGGAGAGGAGACGCCGCACGCAGAGGAGCGGCUCCGAGGGCGCAUCUUUCCUCAACAGCAGACUUUUCACUUUUCCGUUCAUCCAUCCGUGCGCGCGUGCCGGUUAUGCCGUCCCCAUAGACCUCACUUAAGACUUUUUUUGUCCCUUUUUUUCCUUUUUGUCCUUCCUUCCCCCUCCGCGCUGACCCGAGAAUAUGAGCGAGAGGCGAUCCGCGCGUCAGGGUAAGGGCUGUCUGUGCGCCCCCGAGGAGAAACGGAGUGGAUUAAACCGGAGUUAAUGUGGAAUUUAUCGGAGCUCGAAGGCGGAACCAAGAGCGGACACAGCGCUUCCUCGUCAGGGACUGACUGAUCAUGGUCGCCGUGGUCCGCUGUCUCAUGGUACUGCUGCUCGCUCAGGUGUUGCUGGAAGGAGCUGCGGGACUCAUCCCCGAGGUCGGUCGGAGGAGGUACGGCGAGUCCGGGAGGCAGUCGGACGGCUUCCUCCACGAGUUUGAGCUCCGGCUUCUCAACAUGUUCGGGCUGGGGCGCAGGCCCACCCCCAGCAAGCAGGCGGUGGUGCCGCAGUACAUGCUGGACCUGUACCGCAUGCACUCCGCCAACGGAGACCACAGCGCCAGGCGGCCCCGGAGCAUGGGGAGGCACGCGGAGAGAGCCGCCAGCAGGGCCAACACGAUUAGAAGCUUUCACCAUGAAGAAGCGAUGGAGGCUCUGGCCAGCCUGAAGGGCAAAACAACCCAGCAGUUCUACUUCAACCUCACCUCCGUCCCCGAGAAGGAGCUCAUCACCUCUGCAGAGCUGCGCAUCUACCGGGACCAGGUGAUGGCGAGCAACGGCAGCGCGGCCGGCCACGCCCCCGCCGGCGGCUUCCAUCGCAUCAACAUCUACGAGGUGUUCGGACUUCCUGCCUCGGGCGGCGCCGACCCCUUGGUGCGGCUGCUGGACACCCGGCUGGUGCAGGACUCGUUGAGCCGCUGGGAGAGCUUCGACGUCAGCCCCGCCGUGUCCAAAUGGACGUCGGGGAAAGGCCGCAACCACGGCUUCAUGGUGGAGGUGCUUCACCCCGGGGAAGGGGACGGCGAGCGCGAGCAGAGACAAAAGCGGCACGUGAGGGUGAGCCGGUCCUUGCACCAGGACCAGGACUCGUGGCCUCAGAUGCGGCCCUUACUGGUGACGUACGGUCACGACGGGCGCGGGGACUCGGUACUCCACACGAGGGAAAAGCGGCAAGCGCCCCUCCGCAAGCAGCGCCGGAAGCACCACCACAAAGCCAGCUGCAAGAGGCACGCUUUGUACGUGGAUUUCAGCGACGUGGGCUGGAACGAGUGGAUAGUGGCGCCCCCUGGCUACGACGCCUUUUACUGCCACGGCGAAUGCCCCUUCCCCUUGCCAGACCACCUCAACGCCACCAAUCACGCCGUGGUGCAGACUCUGGUCAACUCGGUCAACUCAAACAUCCCCAAAGCCUGCUGCGUGCCCACCGAGCUCAGCCCCAUCUCCCUGCUGUACGUGGACGAGUACGAGAAGGUGACUCUGAAAAACUACCAGGACAUGGUGGUGGACGGCUGCGGCUGCCGGUGAAAAAAACUUUUAUUUAUAUGAAAGAACUCAUAUCAGAGAUAGAAAAAACUAUAUAUGAAUAUAUUUAUGUCUACAUCAAGUUGGGAAAAGAAAUAAAUAUUUCAAUCAAAGGAAUUUUCCUUUACUGGUUUUGAAAAUUUCUGAUGUACAUUUUGAAAUGGGUGCAAUACCACAUGAAGUAUAAUAUGUUCAGAUUUCUAUUUUGUAUUUAUUUCUAUUAUAACCACUCCCCCAUUGUAAAUAAAUGAUGUGUAUUUAUCGUGGAAA